CAGAAAGGAAGGCUGUGCUAGGCGCUUCUCUAAAGGUCACUCAACAACCAUACCCACAAACCCAACUGCCACCCAACAGUCACCCACACUCACACUUACACGGAAAGGAUAUUUUUUGAUAAAAAAUUAAGAAUGCCGCGGCGUCGACGUCCCCGUUGCAAGGUGAAUCCCUCAAUAGCGAUAAGGAAGAAGAACCAGGAAAACACUGCCAAUCGUCCGAAAGUGGAGCCGCCACGCCCACCGCCCCCUCCGGAACCGCCCAGCGAAGAGCCACCGGAAAUCGCCUCCACUUCGAGCAUAGAUUCUGGAAUCGAGUCCGAUUACAAACUCUUUCCGGAACUCUAUGAUCGCCAGCCGCCGGUGCCCACGUUUUCCGAUAUUUUUGGUCAACCGUCCUACGGAUUAGUGUUACAGGGACCGGAUUCGUCCUCUUCUCCUAGAACGUCACAUGCGGCAGGAAUCCGGAGUACAGCUGAUGGAAAUUUCACCAAUAUUCCGGCCACCAUGCUGAGCGAUCGGUUUGGGAUGAUAGGACUCCUGUCUGCCAUGAGAAGUACUCACACGGAUCCGGGAGCCACGCAACUGGUCUUCGGUGAGGAUCUGACCACCUACGGACUGGAUUUGACCGCCCAGGGGGAUAUCUAUGUGCAUUUUAACGGACCCCUUACCCGCGAACCACCCGAAAGGAACUCCAUGAGCUGCGCCCUUGAGCUGGGGAUGCGGGCCAUGCGAGAUGCAAUAGACAAGUAUCCGGCCAAGGCCCCAAGUUGGGAUCCGUUCGUGCCGGAAACCCAUGACCUGGGUCUUGUGGCUGGCCUUGGACAUGACGGCAGCUUGAUAUCCGAACCGGAUAUGAAAACGGAAUCACAGAACACAACUGAUCAACCUGAAGAUCCGAAAGCUAAUCAAGGAAGAAAUCACGAAAGCUAACGAAAUACAAAUCGACGCCGGGUAUAAAAAGGACUAGACCAAGUAGGAUAGCAGCUUGGCAGUUGGUUAGGUCCUUCAAGACUUGGUAAAAUUGUUUAUAUUCGUGAAUUGGUAGCCCUUCCAUAUGAUAACACGUUUGGCUUUAAAUAUAGAAUCGGCUUAGGAGUA